AUGCCGAGUGGUGGCCGCCGAGGUUCGAAACAACAACUGAAGAAGCCCCGAGAACAGAGCCCAAAGUGGUUUUACAUUAGGGAUAUUCUCCAAGAGAGACUGCGUGGUGGACAAGUUGAGUACUUGGUAGAUUGGGAAGACGAUCGGGAGACUGGCGAACGGUACCCUCCUUCGUGGGCUCCUAGUAAAGACGUCACUUCUAAGGCGAUAUUCGAUUGGAAGAAGAAGACGCAGAACGUAGUAAGGCGACCGGACCACUCGACUGUUUCCAAGGAGAACGAGCCAGAAAGCGGCCAAGUGGAAGGCGCAGAGAAGGAAGACGCAGGUCCGCAUAACCCACUAGAAGACUCUUUUGAUAGCAGUCAACCGGUUCGGCCACCUUGUAGACGGAAAAUAAUUGAGCAUCAUCGCUGUCGAGGUCACUCCGACGAAUCGCAACUUGAGGACCUGGAGGAUCAACCCAGCCCAUUCAUACGACACUGCAGUGAGCCACCCUCAUCAGUUUCAUCAAGUUCCGAGAUUGAUACGGAUGCUGCCUCGGACAUCUUUCCCAACGCUUCAAGCAACUUCUUUAUCGGAAUUCCUUCCAAAGUAGACUUCGACUCUUCCGAGUACGUUAGUGUAUCGGCCUCUCAGGAUUCAGCCUCCUUAGGUUCACAGUCCCAGUCUGUCUCUGCCCAAGAAGCAGAAGACAGUCAAGUGAUACUCACGGACGAUCUCAGUUGGAGAACUAUUCCCGAUUCACAGGACUACUCAGCGUUUGACAGUCAGGAUUCACAUCUUGCCGUGCCAGUCGCGCAUCCAGUUGGAAGUCAAGGUGAAAUCGGCUCAGGACUUGAGAUUUCGGAUUCACAAAAACUGUCCAGUCUUGGAACUUCGCUGAGUAAGACAACGGAAUACCAAUCUUUUUUUGAUGCGCCUAAUUAUCAGUUUAUUGUUCAACAAAGCCCUUCGCAACCUGGCCAGCCGGAGUUCUCUCAGUACAACGAGAAGGAUCUGGACUAUUCAGACCGCAUCUUUUCGACCCAGGACACACCCAUCGAAAACCAAAAGAUAGUGACAUCCGGCAUAACAUCGAAUAUUUCAAGUCAACGGCCUUUAAUUCCAGAGCCAGAAGCAUCAGAAGGUCAGCGAUCAGCAUCCCAAGAGUCGGCGAUCUUGGAUGCCCAGGCUGCCGCACAACUUGCGCAAGAACAAGAAUCGUUACCGGCAUAUUUAUCCAACACAGCAAUUCCAUCGCAUCAAGUGGACUGCAUCCAGGGAGAAAACACUGCAGAACACUUGUCACACCACUCUACAAACCUAGGCAACCUUCGACAUACACCACCGGUUGGAACACCAGUUUUCUUAACGCAGCCUAAUUUCAAUUUUACGCCAUAUUCCUCGUUACCUGCUACAUUACAAGACGAGGGAAUCAUAAGUUCUUUAAGUUCAGGGUUGCAGGCAUCUCAGGUGGCCUUUCAAACCGGGACCGUAUCACAAGCGCUUAUUACUGUGUCUGAUUCUCAGAGCAAUAGCAACAAUUCACAAUACGCACAACGCGUUCAUACCCUGCUCAAUACUGAAGAGAGCCAAGUUGGUUCCGCCAGUAGCAUUGCCGAAGAAGAAUUCGUCCCUGACAGCGUUCGCCGCUUACCACAGGUUAGAGACUUCAGCAUCGCCAGCCUAGAGUCUACUUCAAACGUAUCAACGGGCAGAGGAACAUCAACAAAGUCCUCUAAGCGUCUAUUUGAAACAUCACAGCAUAAUAGGCGCGGUGACUCGUUGGAAGAAGGUGAUCAAACUUGCGUCGGAAGGCGUUCACUCCCUCCAACCACCGACGAAGCAGCUGCUGAAGCCCGGUUUAAUCGCCAAUCUAGUCUCCCUCUAACCAUGGCAUCCACCAGCGGCGAGCCGCUGUCGGCUGUGGAAGAGCUGUUGAGAAUGCAAGACGCAGUAUUGAAUAGUGAUCCAGAGCAUUCAUCAUAUCCCAACCCUUCAGAAAACGUUGGGCAACUUAGUGGCGAUGGUGAAUUGGUGGCUGGGCCCAUUGAUGGUCAGGAUUUCUCAGCAUCUGCUGAGAACCCACCAAUUCACAUAAACUCACAACCGCCCAUGCCAACCGACUGGCAGAUGACAGAGGCUACGACCUCGUCAACAGACUUGCCUGUCUUAUCUAGUGCCCCUGUUAACCGGGUCCUAGAAGCUCCUGUCAACGAAGAGCCACAGACAGCUAGUAUGGGAGACAUCUUCCCUGGCAGCCUCAUGCCUCCUGGGCCUGCAGAACAGCUCCCCAUGACCAUUUCCCCAUCUGAUAUUAGUCGUUCAAUUGAACCGGAUGAAGGCCUAGCCUCUCUUCAUCAACAAGACGAACAGCCCCUGAAUAUCCUAAUCACAGAAGAUAAUACCACCGGGAAGAGCACCGCAUCAUCUCCCGACAUCGAAGAUCAGUAUCGAUCGGGCCCUCCAACUUUGACAGAUCAGAAUGAGUAUCUUGUCACACUUUCAUUUCCAGCGAAUAUACGCCCCCUUUACGCGAGUACUAUGGCGGUCUACAGACAUGAGAUUGAGAAAUUCAACCGAGAUUAUCGGUCCGGUGAAGGGCUUCCAGAUCAGUCUCUAGUUGACGCCAUAGGAAGACUUUUUGAUCAGCUGCGCGACAUUUGUGACCUCCCAGCAACUCUGGACGAUACAUCUAUCAAGGCUUUGUCAGCGACUGAUUUGAAGAAGCAUGCCAUGGGCACAAAUAGCAAGUACUUCUUCGUGGGACGGUUUUUGGAGAGGUUGCAGACAAGUUACAAGAAGGUUCUUAUUGUUGUGCGUGACAUCAGCAUUAUGGGCUAUCUUGAAGCCGUCAUCGGUACUGGGGAAAUGGCGUACUCUCUAAAAGGCUUACACGAGCUUGAGGGUCGUGACGAGCAUUCUUUACACAUUGUGCUUCUACAUACCGAGGAGAAUCUGGUUGACGAUUUGAGCGAUUUUGACAUUGUUAUUGGGUUUGACAAUGGCAUCAUGCGAACAGAUAUACUGACCCGAUGGGCCCAAAUGAACGGCAGGAAGCCCAUGCUGAUUAGGCUUAUGACCACUUACUCCAUUGAACAUCUCGACCUGAUGUUGCCAGCACACUUGGACGAGCUGGAGCGAAAGAAUGCCCUACUCAUUGCCAUGUUUCAAUCCAGGAGCCUCAUCGCCAAUGAUGAGCAGGGAGAGAUGAUUGAUGGACUCACCGCGCAUUUUGCCAACCAAGCCAUAGAUCCAGAGCCAAACUUUGGAUGGGAGCCGGAGCCUAUCCCAGCUGCAGUGCUUGACGUUUAUUCUAACAGCCAGAACCCAAGUCUGAUGCCGCCUACCGCUGAGGAGCUGUCGAGUCGCAAGCGCAAAGCGGACGAUGGACCCCAAGAAAGUACUAAGCGCCUGCGACUGAGUCUUUCUCCAGGGCAGGCUGUCGGCAGCAUUGACGACACGGUGCACGGCCAUCUCAAUCCAAAUCCCGCCCACCUGCAGAUUCGUACAACGCAGGACCAUCUAGAUUCUCUAACCACCAAGGUAUCUGAACUUGAGUAUCAACUGGAGGAAAAGACAGCUUUGGAAUUAAACCUACGCAAGCACAUAACAAACCUUUCUAAGAGGGUUAAAAGUCAUGAUAAGACUAUUAAUAUCAUCCAAGAAAAGCAUAUGGCUGCACUUCGCGAACGAAGUCAGUUUGAGGCUGAGCGAGACGAGUCAAAGCAAAAUGAGGAAAAGGCCUGGGACAGUAGUCGAUCAUGGGAGGCCAAGGCACAAGCCCUUGAAGAAGAGCUGAAAAAGAAAACGGCACUUCUUGAGGAGGCCCUUGUGAACGCCGGCACAGUUGCUUCCGAUGUCUAUAAACAAAAAACAGAAGAGCUGGAGAAAUCACAAGCAAAGAUCGCAGAUCUUGAGAAGAAGCUCAAGAGCCGCGACAGCGAGUUGAGCUACGCCAGAGACGUAUACCAGACUGCGGAUCAAGCUAACAUCGAGCUUACUCGUAAGAACCGGCAGCUUAACGAGCAGGUGGACGAGUUCCGCAAGCAGGCAGCGGGCAGUCUGGCUGAGGUACAAAACACCAAUGCUGGAGAACAAGUCAGAGAGAUGCAGAGGCAGAUCGCUGAGACGCAAGCCAUCUCUAGAGACCGUGAGAAAGAGCUAUCACGCGUAGAGAAGGAGCUGCGAACGCUGAAGAACGGUCGAAGGGAAACACGCCAACAGAGUGUCCCCCGAAGUCCGCGUCUCGGCAUGAUGAGCCCUCGGACGGCUCGGGCGGCGGGCGGCUCCGCUAGUAGAGGCACCUCGCCCGUCCCUUUUGAAUCUUCAGGCAGCACGCCUGUUCCAGGCAUGCAGUUCUUGCCUUCGAAUCAUAGAUUCAACCACCUUCGGGAGUGA